CGGAAGGCCGAGAUCGGGCUAUGGGUCCGCGCUGUGCGGUAGUGCAGCUCUGCGGGCGAGGUAAGCUCGGUCUCCGCCUGCCCGGGGAUGACCACUCGCACAGGCCCCGGGGUUGCGGUCGCUGGUGUGGCCGCGGUGGCACUUCUGUCGGCCGCGGUGGCGCUGUACGGGCCUCUGGACGCAGUUUUACGAAGAACCUUUUCACUGCAUAAAGCACACUCGAUAAAGGACAUGGACAAUACCUUUCAGCUGGUGAGAAACAUUAUCCCUGCUCUCACUGCCAAGAAGCACAAAGGGCAAGACGGAAGGAUAGGCGUAGUGGGAGGCUGCCAAGAGUAUACAGGAGCCCCAUAUUUUGCAGCAAUCUCAGCUCUCAAAGUGGGCGCAGAUUUGGCUCAUGUUUUCUGUGCCAAGGAGGCGGCGCCUGUGAUUAAGUCCUACAGCCCGGAGCUGAUCGUCCACCCAGUCCUUGACAGUCCCAAUGCUGUUCUUGAGGUGGAAAAGUGGCUGCCCCGGUUGCAUGUCCUUGUCGUGGGGCCUGGCCUAGGUAGAGAUGGCCCCAUCCUCGACAGUGUCAAGGGUAUUUUGGAAUCAUCCAAGGCCAGAGACAUCCCUGUCGUUGUUGAUGCGGAUGGCCUGUGGCUGGUAGCUCAGCAGCCAGCUCUCGUGCAUGGGUACCAGAAGGCUGUCCUCACUCCCAACCACGUGGAGUUCAGCAGGCUCUAUGAAGCUGUGCUCAGAGGUCCUGUGGACAGCAGUGACCCCCGUGGAUCUGUACUGAGACUCAGCCAGGCCCUGGGGAAUGUGACAGUGGUCCAAAAAGGAGAGCAUGACCUGAUCUCUGAUGGCCAGCAGGUGCUCACGUGCAGCCACGAAGGCAGCAGCCGCAGGUGUGGCGGACAAGGAGACCUCCUGUCGGGUUCCCUAGGUGUCAUGGUGCACUGGGCGCUCCUCGCUGGGCCCGAGAAGACAAAUGGCUCCAGCCCACUGCUGCUGGCUGCCCUGGGCGCCUGCUCCCUCACAAGGCAGUGCAACCACCAGGCCUUCCAGAAGCAUGGCCGCUCUACCACCACCACCGACAUGAUUGCAGAGGUCGGAGCCGCUUUCAGCACACUCUUCGAGACCUGAGCAGCACACCUGGAAGAAAAGUGGCACCAUGGACUGGGGAGUGCACCUGAACUGGAGACCUCACAUCUGCGUGCCAAGCCCUCAGUGCCCAAACAGCCGGUUGCCUGGGAGGGUUUUGCCUCAGUGUAAAUUGGUUGAGUAGAGAACUUGGGAAUUUGGGUCAUAGCAUUUUCUGUCUGGACUGAACAUGUAGUUGGGAAUGUUAUGACACUGAGCAGAGUCUUCCUGCAGUUUUCUGAGGCUUCUCAGCAGGUGCUGAGGAGAAAAAAGAGGGAGGCCUGUGGGCCACCAGCUGGGCUUCUGGGCUGCUGAGAGUGGCACUCACCGUCCCCCAGCCAGGCGCUGAAGAUCUUCUCUCCCCCUGGUGGCUGCUCCUUGUGGAGGACCAACAUUCCUAGAUACCUAUGGGAAGGCCAAGUGUGGUCUUAAUUGAGGCCCACCAAGGAUGCCACCCUCAGUCUUGAUCUCAUUUUUCUUCUCCAGUGCUGAUUGGAUGUUGUUGGGGGUUAACUUAUUAAAGUGUUUCAGAAUUAUCAGUGAUAAAUGUCCCUUGAAAUCUUUUGGAGGCCCCAUGGGAAGACCGAAUGAAACCUGGGUGUUGCCUACACCUGGAGGGGCAGUGGGGAGCCCGAGACGCCUCCAGCCUUCUCUGUUCUGCGCACAUGCACUUCCCUGUGAUGUCCCCGUGGUGGAUGACACCCCAGCACAGGAGCAUGACCCAGGAGGCUUGUGUCCUGUCGCUGAUGUGUUGGACAUCACUGUCCUGGGAGGAAGUAAUCAGGCUAGACUUUUGGAAAUGUCAGCCUUGCUGGAGCUACUAGGGUGACAGCAUGAAGGAGGCCCCAGGGAAAGACUGAUGUCACUGUCACUUCUACUUUUCAGUAAUAUGACUGGUCCACCGAAGAAAUUGUUACCUCUGAAGUCCAGUAAAAAAGACAUUUUACUGCACUGUUAA